UUUAAGUUUUUUGUGUAUAUAUUUAUAAAAAAAUAUGGAUUCGCAUUUGUUUUUCGUUAUAACAACGUUGGUGAUAUAUUUUAUAAUUCCAUUUCAAGUAAUCAGAGAUAUUAUGUUUAUUGCAUUGGCAGUUGUGUCGCUGCAGACUUUUUUGGAGAUGAAACUUUUUAAGAAGAAAAUAACUUCAACUAAACCAGUAAAAUCCAUUAUGAAUAAUCGCUGCCCAGUUUUGACUACACAUCCUAUUAAUUUGGAAACACCUAUUUUGACAAAAAAUUCAAUUUUAGAAGACAAAUUUACGGGAACUUCGAUAAUUGAAACCGAAAAAGAGCCCUCAAACACUAAUACGAACAUUUCAUUACUGAAUGAUGAAAUUCAAACCGUAAAAAAACGAAACCCAGAAAUUGUUACAAAAACUGAAAUUGAAAAAGAGCCCACUAACAUUCCUACAGAGACUUCUGCAUUAGCUGAUAAGUCUUUUAACUCGGACAUAAUACAGUCAAAAAACAAUAAUUCAACACAAUUAUUUGAUAUAGUGCCAGGAAAUAUUAUUACAACAAAUCAAGAAAACAACACCUUAAUAGAAAAUUCACUCAAAUUUAAUAGAAUACAGUCUAAAAAAUUAACAGAAAAUAUUAUAACAUCUAACACUAACAGUGCGUUGCUAUGUAAAAAAACUGAACUUUUUACUUCAGAAGGCCUGGAAAAGACUAAAGUGAAUGGAAAUUUACAACGUGAAAAUAAUAACAACAAAAAUUCCGCAACUAGAACUCGGCCUAAUGAUAUUAAAAAACAUUUAUGGGAUAAGAGGUACUUAUUGUUUUCAAAAUUCGACGAAGGAAUCAUGAUGGACAAUGAAUCAUUUUAUUCAGUAUGUCCCGAAAUCUUGAGUACACACAUAGCGUUAAGAUGUCCAGGCCUACACGUCGCUAUGGAUCCGUUUUGUGGUGCUGGUGGUAACGUCAUCCAAUUGGCCAAAAGAUACAAACAAGUAAUCGCUGUGGAUAACGAUGCUAAUAAAUUGGAAUUCGCGAAAAGAAAUGCUGAGAUUUACGGAGUCAGAGAGAAGAUUACAUUUAUACUGGGAGAUUUCUUUGAAAUCGCAGAAUCCUUAAAAAAAUAUAAGCCACAGGUAAUAGUGACUUCUCCUCCAUGGGGCGGCCCUUCGUAUAAGAAACAUGAAGAGUACAGUCUCGAAAAGCAUAUGUGUAGCAACUACGAAGGAGGCGGUAAAAAACUCUUCGACCUGUUGAGAAGUAUUGCUCCCAACGUAGCACUUCACAUACCUAAAACUACAGGUCGAAACGAGUUGAUACAAUUUGGCAAACUAUUCGAUCUAAACAUGGAAAUUCAGCAUAAUUAUAUUGACAAUAGACACGAUUCCAUCACUGCGUUUUUCGGCCACUUUUUCAAUAUGAACACUAAAUACUUAUCCAACGACAAUAAACUUUACACUAAUAAAAAAUUCUUGAAGUAUCCAGAAUCAGCUGAUUACUAUUAUUGUUAAAUAUUAAUCCAAUCAACUUUCACUAUUUUUCGAUUAAGUACUGCUUUGAAUUUUGAUUUUUUCUAAUUAUUGACACUAUACUGA